CAGCAGUAUAUGUUACAAGAGUUGCUAUUCCAUGUGGUAGUGCAGUAACAAUGAUGGCAUUAUUGAUACUUCGUUGUGUGCUAAUUGAACAAAUUCCAAUUACAUGUUCUUAUGUUACCUUACAGGGCUGCAGAAUAGCCGAUAAGAAACCUGAGCUAUGCCAGUUCCUCCACCUCCAUUGCCUCCUGCACCUCCACCACCUGCAUAUGGUGGCCCUCCUCCACCACCACCACCUGCAUUUUCUCAGGGGCGACCUGCACUGGCAAAACCAAAGCAGGAAGUGUCAGGCGGGUCAGGGGGUAGAUCUGCAUUACUUUCAGACAUUCAAAAGGGAGCUCGAUUAAAGAAAGUCGCCCAGAUUAAUGAUCGAAGUGCUCCACAAAUUGACGGUACAAAGAAAAACAACACCGGAAAUGGAAGGGGAGCUGGGGCGCCCCCUACAGGGGGUUUAUUUGCAGGGGGAUUUCCUGUACUUAAACCAACUGGUCAAAGAGAUUCGCCAGUAAAUAAAGGUUUUGCUCAGCUGCCUGGAAUGAAAAACAGUGCCACGAAAUAUCAAGACCAAACACCUGCAAAACCUGGUCCACCAGAACUACCAAAGCCACCACCUGCAUCUGCACCACCCACUCUUGCAAUGAGAGUUCCACCGCCACGGCCAUCUGUUUUUGGUUCCUCACCUCCAGGUCCACCACCAAUUCCACCAUCCAGCAGUAAACCACAGAUAAUGUUGCCAAAUUCCUCUGCAGGCCCUCCAUUUAAAGAAAGAUAUGCAAAAUCAACAGGAACCUCAAAUCCGCCGCCACCACCACCUUUUCAAUACCAAGCAGAAAAAUCUCCAAGGUCACAAAGACGUCAUUCUCAGCCUUUUCCGCCACUGCCGCCGCCACCGCCUCCUUUUUCUCAUCAUCUUCCACCACCACCCACUCCUGGUUAUUCUGGCAGGGCAGAAGAAGUCUCAAGCUCUUCUCCUUCACCAUAUGACUGUAGUGAAUAUAUAGAACCCUUGCCAUCUGGACAACCGAGUAUGGAUUAUGAGCUUCCUGACUAUUUUCCUCCACCACCAGACAUCAGGGACUAUCCUCCACCCCCACCGCCUCCAUUGUCACAAUCUGCUAGGCGAAGAUUUUCAGAGCCUUUUCCCUUACCUCCAUCUUGUGUCACUGAGCCGAGUAAUGUUCCACCCAGGCCACCUAAGUCCUCCGCUGUGAAACAAUCUUUGCAACCACCACCACCACCUGCACCCUUAAGGAUUCACAAAGCAACCCCUGGUGGAAAACUAAUUCCUCCCCCACCACCACCAGCAAGGUCAUCUUCUACAGAACUGUCGAGCAGGCAGCAAGUUUCUUCGAACCGCAUGUCAGGCCUGUCAAAUCACCCCUUGGAUGAUUUUGAAUCUAAGUUUACGUUCCAUUCAGUGGAGGAUUUGCCAGCUCCAGAACAUUUUGAACCCUUUGAACGUGUCUAUCCCAGCAAGUGCCCUCGUGCCUACCCAGGAGCACCACCUCUACCACCGCCUCUGAGGUUCCAGAUGAGAUGAGCCUUAAACCUUCAUAAUUCCAUAAAGAAGCCAUUACUCGUUCUAGGUGGUUUAUAACCAUGUAUGGUUAAUAUUGUCCCAUUAUACCUGUUCUCAUGUUGGAUACAUGAAAAUGCUUAAAAGGACGCAGUAUUGACAUAUAUGUUUAUAUGGAUCAAAGUAUAUUUAUCAACAUCGAUUAUUUUAAAUCUAACUCUACAACACUAAUCUUAACCGACAUUUAAUAUGUUAAUAAAAUCCUCAAAGCAAGUAAUUAGAAUGGUAAUUUAUUACUGUAACUUUAUUUCAAAGUAAUUAUUUUAGUAAUAAGUUACUUAA